UAUACAUAAAAAGUAUCGGUCGCGGAAGCUAAUCGAUUUUUCAGUGGUAGCGAAAGAUAGAUAAACAAAAUGAGUAAAAAGAACAAAGUGGUUUGGACCGAUGAAAUUCUGCUUUAUAUUAUAAAACAUGUGAAAGCAGCGCCAUUCGUUUGGGAUCAUUCCCAUCCACACUUCGCAUAUAAAUCAAAAAAGGCGAAAUUCUGGUCGCUUCUUGCAGACAAAGUUAACUCCUAUGGUGGAUUUUCUUCGACCACACCAAUUACUAAAGAAGCUUUACAAAAGAAAUGGACUAAUAUGAAAACUUACUAUUUGUUCGAGGAAAGCAAAUCGAGACGGAUCGGUGUAGAUGCAGAAAACUACAGUACCACCUGGAAAUUUAGACUAAGAUUAUCAUUCUUGAGUUCUGCUCUGGAUACACCAGCUCGAGCGCAGCAAAUCUCAUCGGCAGUGAGCACAUGUAGGACAGCACUACCUCCGACUGCAAGCGAUGGUAGUUUUGAUCUUUCUGAAGAUGAUCCGCUUGCCACACAGGAGUGCCAACCACCAAUUACCAUAAAAACGGAAGAGCCAUCGGUUGAAAAUUCACCACCAUUAAAUGAGCCUGAUAAUGAAGAGGAAACCAUUUUGCCAUCCGCUCCGAAAAGACCAAAAGAGUCGCCAAUCUUAGAAGUGCGAACCCCCAGAAAAGCUCACAAAUCGUAUUUCUAUCAUUAUGGUAUGACGAUUGCCCAAGAUCUUGAUCAACUGGAUGAGGACUAUAAAAUAGACGCAAAGCUGGAAAUAAUGCAAAUUAUUGCCAAAUAUAAGAGAGAACAGUACUUAAGUCAAACCGAUAGCUAAGAAAAGAAAAAAAAAAUAAAUAAAAACAAAUGAA